GUAUCGGUCUAUCGGUUUUCUUUUUCUGCUUUUUGCUUUUGUCUACACGAAAACUAUUUUUAUGUGUUGGUGUGUUCUAAAAAGCGUAUCCAUGCCGCAUUCCUAGACGAGAAUAAAUUAUAUUCGGGAUAGCGUCAGCCGAGGCGCGUUGGCUGGAUUGAUCAGAUGAAUGUAAAUAAUAUAAGAAUAAGUGGUCGGUGUCAAGUGAAUCAAGUGAUUUCUCCGCCUACUGGAACGGAUGGAAUGAAGUAUGAAGCCAUCAUUAUGCGAUUAGAGCAGUGCCCACGUACUGGGCUGUAGUGUGUGAUGCAGUAGUGUGGUUUAGCGGUAUGGCCGGAGAGGGCGAGCGCGCGUCGCGUCCCAGCUCCUUGUUGCUGGAGGCCGCGGCGCCGGAGCGGGAGCCGCUGCGCUUCGACGUGCAGCUGGUGGGAGCACCGCCCGAGGUGGAGCAGCUGGUCAACAACAUCAAGCAGGUCGCCGAGGAUUUUCUCUACCACUGGAAAACUUUUCCCAUCGUUCUCCCUCCGUCCCGUUUCUCGGGCGCCGGCAACCGGCCAUGCGACAUCAUCGUGGCGCCGCCGUGCGACGAGCUCGACGCCGCCGCGCUCGACGCAGGCUUGGAGCCCCACCCGCUGUCGCCGAAGCAGCUCCACGCUAUCAGGGAGAAGGGCUUGCACAAGGACAGAAUAUUUAAGCCGAAGAAACUAAGUGCUAAACAAUUGGAAUCCAUACGUGAAUGGGGCGAGUUCGAGGUGCCGUCCCGCCAUUUUCCCGGUCAAACGCACGUGUGGCGCGUGGCGGGAUGGUUGCAGCGGGGUCGAGCGCGUUCGCGGGAGGACUUGUAUUGCCACGUGGCGAGGGCCGUGGCGCUCAUAGUCGUGGUAGCAAGAGAUCGACUGCUGAGGGAUGAGCCGCUGUCGGUCAUAGCUGGGGCUAAGUCCAUGCUCAUGGGUUUGCAUAGAUUAUUGGAUCUCGCGUUUGGAAUGCCGUCCUUAGAAGCUCGUGAUCUCGAUAAGAAAAUACGCGAAGAAAGAUCUCGAUACUUAGUAGCAGAACUUAUUUGUAUGCCCGAACACCAAGAAGACAUAGCGGCUUUGGCUGCUUGGGUGACCCGCGCGAUGCGUCGGGCCGCCUCCGAGAAGACUGAUGCGCGAGAGGCGUCGAGAACGGCGCCCAGGGUGCCGUGUCUGUACACCACUCCUCAGAGGACACAGGUGGAUCUCCGACUUUACCGGCGUGAAUUAACCCGCAAGGCAGCGGCGCCCCUGCAAGCCUUAUUGGAACGAGAAGCGCGCGGCUGGUUCCUCCAUUUCAGAGAGCGCCGCGCCGCACAGUUGGCUAGCCAAAAGGUGCCCUUGAAGGACAUCGAACAGGAAGUCCGAACGGCGGCGAUGCGCGAAUACGUGUCUCGAGUGUGCCGCGGCGUGCUGUCGUGCGAGCGACUCCUGGCAUUAGGUCCCGACAUACCACAACUGCUAGCGCAACAACUCAGAGCAGCUGCCGUCGUGGACAGAGCCGAAGAAGGCGUCCGCCGUAAGCUAGAAGCCGGCUUAGCAACAGCAGAGGCGCGGAUCUGCGCAGCACACCCGAUUCUAUCGCGCGCGGAAACGUGGCGCAAGGAGAGACUCGCGCUCGCGGCGCAGCGGCUCCGCGGCGAGCUCCGCUGGGCGGCCAUGGAGGACGCCGCCGCCGCCAUGCAGGCCUUGAAACUACACCAGCACAGAUACUUCUUGCUGAGAGACCUAACGUUUUUGAGGGACCGAGAGCCGCUGCUUAUGAAGGAACUGCGCGCAGCCAAAACUCCCACUCGCGAGUUCACCUGGUCCACCAGGAUAUGGCUGCCUCAAAACUGGGUGGUCGUCCGCCACUUCAGGGGUCGUUCUGAGCGAAUCCCUACCGUCCUGAGCACGCGCGCCACGUCCAUAGUCACACCGCGGUCCGACCCGUCGCAGCCUGUGUUCCUGGUGGACAAGGAGCGGAUUAGGACCACUAGCACCAGGUGGCCUGGGUGGCGAUUGGUCAAUUUGGCUCACAGAACGUGGUGUUGGAGUUGGAAUCUGAUGUUCCUGCUGGGAGUGCUAGUGCCGUGGUGCUCGCCCAUAUCGCUACGGACUCUGUUAUGUGUCAGACCAUUCGUGCCGGACUACGAACUUUCACAGGUUAACGGCACAUUGUUCCCGAAGCGUAGCAGUGAAACACAGACGAUGUGGUCGCGAUUAUUGAAACUGUGGCGGCACAUAUCCAAAGAACGGACGCGGUUCGAGACUGAGCCGGAUACAGGUCUACUAGGCAAAGGCCUAAGCCGGCAAGCGAACCGCGUGUGGAACUACGGAGUAGUGGGCGGGCUGGGCUCGCUAGGGCUGCUACUAGGAUUCCCGCUGGCGGCGCUAGGUGGCAGCGCUUUGUCGCUGGCGGCCGCUGCCACUGUGCCGCUGUGGGCACCGCCUCUCACGCUAGCGGUAUUGUGUGGAUGCGCGUUAUUAUAUGACCUGGACUGCCCCGACCCGCCAAGACUUAACAGAUUUCUAGUAUUAUUUGAAGUCAUCAUUUGGCGAAUAGUAAUCUUAGGAGUGCUGCAGCCCAUAGUAGCAUUUAUAGUUGCCGUAAUCAUAUGCCCGCUCUGCGCUCUUCUUUUACUAGUUGGCGGUGUAUCGUGGUGGGGCGUUCGAGGUCUUUGGGAGCAGCUGGCCUGGGCAGCGGUGAUCCGGCGAGCGGCCCGCGUGCCCGCGCACGAGUCCGCCUUCUGCCGGCGCGUGCGCGGGCCCGGCCUGCACACGCGCACCUACUACCAGAUCACUUGUGCACAAGCUGUUGCGGCAGUAGUGGCGCGAGGCGAGCUAGAAUCUUUGUCGGCGUGGGCGAGCGAGCUGGAGCUAGCCAUAGAGCGGCCUCUACGGGACUACGCGCAUUUUGUGGACGCUUGCUUCGGGCCCUUCUCCGUGCAGAUAGCUAAGACUGGAGCAUACAAGCAGCUAGAGAAAGAAUGCAUGGAGCUGACGAUGUCGCUGCGAGAAAAAGUGUCGAGUAGAAGGCGAGACUUAGCGUUAGGACUCAGCGAUGCCGCGCGAGCACGAGUGCGCAUGACAACGCAGGACCUUAGGAGAGCAGUACAAACAGCGGCAGCCGAGCUAUCGCGGGUUUUCAGCUCAGUGGCGCGCAGCGAGGAGUGGUGGACGGCGCGCGGGCUCGAGCUGUCCGACUGGCACGCGCUUGCCGCCAACACGCUUGUCGAAGUGUUCGACGCAGAAGUAUUAGUGGCGCUAGAGGAGAGCGAAGCGAGACUACCUUUAGAAGCGGGUGAAGGUGUGCGCGCGUGGGUAGCGCACUGCGGCCGCGAUACGGCGCCGCCUGACGUAUUAGCUGAGCGGGACGACUGGCGCCCCGAAGCCGCGGGUACGUGUCACGAACUGUCUAAGGCGCCGCAGGAGAGCGAAGCGAGACUACCUUUAGAAGCCGGUGAAGGUGUGCGCGCGUGGGCAGCGCACUGCGGUCGCGACACGGCGCCGCCUGACGUAUUAGCUGAGCGGGACGAUUGGCGCCCUGAAGCCGCGGCUGAGCGGGACGACUGGCGCCCCGAAGCCGCGGGUACGUGUCCCGGGCUGUCUAGGGCGCCGCAGGAGAGCGAAGCGAGACUACCUUUAGAAGCGGGUGAAGGUGUGCGCGCGUGGGCAGCGCACUGCGGUCGCGACACGGCGCCGCCCGAUGUACUGGCGGAGCGGGACGACUGGCGCCCCGAAGCCGCGGCUGAGCGGGACGACUGGCGCCCUGAAGCUGCGGGUACGUGUCCCGGACUGUCUAGGGUGCCGCAGGAGAGCGAAGCGAGACUACCUUUAGAAGCGGGUGAAGGUGUGCGCGCGUGGGCAGCGCACUGCGGUCGAGACACCGCACCGCCCGAUGUAUUAGCUGAGCGGGACGAUUGGCGCCCUGAAGCCGCGGGCGUGUGGUGCGAGUGGGGCGGCACGCCGGCGCCGCGUGUUCCCGCGCCGGCCUUAGAGCUGUCUGCCUUCAGCCCGCGCGCGCCGCCGCACCCGCCCGUCCCGCACCCCGCCGCCGUCGCGCUCGUGCUGCACAACAGGGAAUCUGAUAACCCGGUACCGCUAGACUCGGAACUUUGCGCCGAGAUCCUGCGCACGCUGGAAGACGCGCCCGACUGCGACGACCGGAGAGAGUGCGUGGAGCGCUACCGCGGCGGCGGCAGCGACGAGGCGGCCAGCUCGGGCUCCAGCGCCGCCUCGCCCGACGACGAGCGUCCGCCACCGCCGCCCGAAGGCGUCUGCAGAGUAUCACCAAGCACAGAGCGCGCGGCGUGCCGUUGGACGCUAACCGGGCGCGGAGUCCGACUUCGCGCAGACCUGGCCAGCCCAGAAGACGUCACGCUCGAUGCUGACCGUGCACAUGUCGGCACUUCAGUUUGA